AACAAGUUUUCAUUUCAGACUUUUAACAAAUGGUCCAAGUAUAAAUCCCGUAAACCGUUGGUGCUGUAGUCUCAAAUCUGAUAAUCAAAAUAAAGAUUACUCAGCUUUAAAUUUAUUUUGCUAUUAUAGAUAUUUGCUUACAGAUUUCGUGUGAGAGUGUGAAUAUUUUGUUCCUAGUCCUCUAAAUACAAGAAGAAUGACUUUCUCCAUGACUGAGAUGGAUCAAUCUCAUCGAAUAAAGAUGGAAGAGGAGGAGGAGGAGGAUACUCCAGUUUUAUCUAUUAAAGAACAGGAGGAAGAGAAGAAAAAAGCAAAAAAGAGACAAUCAAGAAAUGAUGAUAUUGCUCUUGUUGUCUGUAUGGUGAUUCUAGUCUUACUUACUGUUCUCACAGUCAUAUUUAAGAUUAUGUUUAUCGACCCUGCACCGGAUCCUAAUCAGGUCACCUUUAAGCCUCUGAAACAGAACGUGAAUUCGGUUGAAAUGUAUGCUGGAAUGGGAUACCUGCCUUGUAAUGGAUAUGUACCUUGUCAACCAGAUCAUUUGUCAAAAAAAGAUCUUGAAGAGAGAAUGAAGGACGCUUUACCCUGUCAUGAUUACAAUGGGAUGGGAGAUGGUCCUGAAGGUUGCUGGUAGAACUAAAUUAGGGAAUUGGUUUUCAUUUAAUAAGGGAGCGUACACGUAAAUUCAAGUUACCAUCCAUGUGCAGAGUGUCAAGUCCGAUUAACAACAGUACGCUUUGAGGGAUUUAUUCUUAUUUUAACCGCAUACAAGUUUGUAUUGGUUAUAAUUGGAUUUCAUAUUUAAUAUAUAAUAUUGCACACUUUAGUUUCUUGGCAAAGUUUCCACAUGUUAAUCAUUAAAUUGUUAAAAUUAUGUCAAUAAUCUCUUUUAAGAUCAUUUUACUAAAGUUUUUUUUCUUGAUUAUUAGCAUUUCUUUAGGUUCCGAUUUUAAAUAUUUUCUUCCACUUCCAAUGCUACAUUGGACCAUGCAAAAUCUUCGAAAGAUACCAAUUUAUUUUUUAUUUUUUUAUAAAUAUUAAUUCAGGCCGGCGUUUUAUUCCAAAAAUGAAGUAUCAAAAAAAAAUCGUGAGAAAAUUAAUAAAAAUUAAUUACUGCAUUGUGAUCUAUGAGUACAAAGCUCCGCUCAAUUUUGUAUGACUGCAUGUACCAGUAGUUCGUAAUUAAAUUAUUUAUGUACAAUGUACAUUACAUAAACAUUUUGCAUGCUAAUUCUAUAUAGUAAACAUUUUAAAGUGCAUACACAGAAACCAUUAAUGUAAAUUUUCUCUUUUAGUGCAAGCUAAAUAUUUUGACACAAUUUUGAUACUAAACAAAAAAUAGUGUGUCAAAUAAUUUGGCUUUAGUUAAACAACCCGAUAUAUAAAUAUGCAUGAAGUUUAAAGAAAUUGCAUCCGACCUUAAACCUUUAAUUUAUGCAAGAAUAUUGACCCAUUAGAAACUUAACUUCUUCUACUUAAUAUCUUUUAUUUUUAUAUUAUUUUUUGAAAUCCCCAAAACUUUACCUUUUUUCUUUAGGUUAUGUACGUGCCGGAUUUAAAGAUUAGAGUUUAAAGGAAGUGUUCGCAAAAAAAUGAAAGGGGUGUGAGUCGUUUUUAACAAUUUUCUCCUUAUAGACGCAUUAGAU